AUGGAGACGCUGUCAGAUGCUAUCAGCGGUCUGUCAUCGGCUUGUGAUGGCCUCGAUAACGAUAUCGAUGAUCUGCUCGAUCAAGCAAAACCUCGCAAGCGAAUCCGCAAAUCGCCCGACGAAGUGAAGGCGAAAUUGGAGAGCGACUUCCUGACGCCUUCGACGUCUUUCAGCGCUGAAUGGCUUGAUAGACUGCAGCAAAGAUGGGAUGUCUCUACCAACUAUAACGAGCUCUUCGCCCUUGGCCCCACACAGACGAGGACCAUCAUCAGGUUCACGCGGGAAGGCUUGGAAGGCAGGGUGACUGGCUACAAGGAAGUGACCGUACCGGCCAACAGUGCGACCGCCAAGAACUCGACGUCUCUUUUGAGGAAGCCUGCAAACAGAGCCGACUUUGUGAGAGGCGCUGCUGGCUUUUAUCCAUUUGCUCCUGGUGGUCUUGAUGCAGUCGAGGCAACGGCUGCCUACGAAGAAGAGCUCCUUCAGAAACAGAAACCCGAUGCUGAUAAGAAGUCCAAUAAAUUGAACAGAGUCAUCGACUUCGCAGCAGAAGGUGGCUUGCUGGAAGUCCCGCCUGGUUUUGCUCGCGGCUUGCGAGAGAGCGAGAAACCCAAGCAAGAUGAUGAUGGCGCGAAGGAAGUUGAGGCUGUUCUUGAAGAAGAGUCCGAUGUCCCAGAAGCAUUUGCAGAUGGUGGAGUCCCGCUACCGAACGAGAACGGGCACGUUGAGGAAGAUGUCGAAGGUGGCGAAGAAGACAUUGACGACCUCUUGCCCGUAGAGUUUCCCGCGCUCGCUGCCCAUGGACCGUUGACCGUGGCUCGCAAUAGGCAAGGUGGGCGCGAGUGGGCCCAUAUGGUUGAUGUCAAUCGCGAUAUCACCAACUUCAGAGAACUCGUGCCGGAAAUGGCACGUGAAUGGCCUUUCGAGCUGGAUACCUUCCAGAAAGAGGCGGUCUAUCAUCUCGAAAACGGAGAUUCAGUCUUUGUCGCAGCUCAUACGUCUGCUGGAAAGACAGUCGUGGCUGAAUAUGCCAUUGCUUUGGCAGCGAAGCACAUGACGAAGGCCAUCUACACCUCGCCAAUCAAAGCACUGAGCAAUCAAAAAUUCCGAGACUUUCGCACCACCUUCGACGAUGUCGGUAUCCUCACAGGAGAUGUUCAAAUCCGGCCAGAGGCUAGCUGUCUCAUUAUGACCACCGAGAUUCUUCGCAGUAUGCUAUACCGUGGAGCUGACUUGAUCCGCGAUGUCGAGUUUGUCAUCUUCGACGAAGUGCAUUAUGUCAAUGAUCUUGAGAGAGGUGUUGUCUGGGAGGAGGUCAUCAUCAUGCUGCCCGAGCAUGUAACACUCAUUCUGCUGUCUGCUACGGUGCCGAACACUCACGAAUUCGCAUCCUGGGUUGGCCGUACCAAGAAGAAGGACAUCUACGUUAUUUCGACCCCCAAGCGACCCGUGCCGCUCGAACACUACCUGUGGGCAGACAAGAAGAUGUUCAAAAUCGUUGAUGCCAACAAAAGCUUUAUCGAGAAGGGGUGGAAGGAUGCAAAUGAUGCAAUGAGUGGGCGCGAUAAGGUCAUUGCAGCAGAGGCGAAAGCAAAAGAAAAGGAAGAAGCAGCUGUUGCCGCUGGCCGGGGCGGUAGAGGAGGGCGCGGUCAGAAUGCUCGUGGAGGCCAACGUGGCGGUGGCAAUCAACGAGGCGGUCCCCAACAGCGAGGUCGAGGUCAACCUGCUGCCCGUGGUCAGGGCAACAUUGCUCGCACUGGCCGCGGUGGAGGGAGGACGACUGCCGCACAGGACCGAAACAUUUGGGUCCAUCUCGUUCAACACUUGCGCAAGGAGGAGCUCUUGCCAUGUUGUAUCUUCGUCUUCUCGAAGAAGCGAUGCGAGGAGAAUGCCGACGCUUUGUCUAAUCUCGACUUCUGCACUGCGACUGAGAAGAGCGCGAUACAUAUGAUUCUGGAGAAAUCGCUAGCACGCCUCAAGCCAGACGAUCGACAACUGCCCCAAAUCCGUCGCAUUCGCGAGCUUCUCAGCAGAGGCAUUGCAGUCCAUCACGGCGGGCUUCUGCCAAUCGUGAAAGAGUGCGUUGAAAUUCUCUUUUCGAAGACCUUGGUCAAGGUACUUUUUGCGACAGAAACAUUUGCCAUGGGCCUAAAUCUACCCACCAGAACUGUCGUCUUCUCCGGAUUCCGCAAGUACGACAACAAAGCAUUUCGAGAUCUAUUGCCUGGAGAGUACACGCAAAUGGCUGGACGAGCUGGUCGUAGAGGUCUUGACUCUGUUGGCUCUGUCAUCAUCGUUGCUCCCGGCGCCGAUGAGGCACCACCUGCUGCCCGGCUGCGACAGAUGAUGCUUGGGGAUCCCACCAAGCUGCGGUCGCAGUUCCGGUUGACUUACAACAUGAUCCUCAAUCUGCUACGAGUCGAAGCGUUGAAGAUUGAAGAGAUGAUCAAGCGGUCGUUUUCCGAGAAUGCCACUCAGGCGCUGUUACCGGAGCACGAAAAGCAGAUCAAAGUGUCUGAAGCAGACCUCGCAAAGGUCGUGCGCGAUGCUUGCGAGACAUGCGACAAGGACAUCGACAGAUGCCACCAAGCGAGUGUUGAUUUCCAGAGGUUGACUGUUGACCUGCAUCUUUCUAUGCUUACCACCGCUGUAGGGCGACGUAUGUUCCACCCCAAGAGAAUCAUUGUCUUCCGCGGCAAGAAUGAUGUCAGAACUGCUGGUGUACUGCUCCGCGACGGCAUCAAUAAAGGUGCAUCGCCGAACGUGCAGGUCCUCGAAGUGGUCUACCGCAACAACAGAAAGCGCCAGGACCCAGACUUCUUGCCAUACCUUCCACGCUUCCGACAACACUUUGUUCCGUUACCGCAGACAGAUGGGGAGAUUCAGCUUCAAAAUGUCAAUAUUCCACUGGAAAACAUCGAGGCUUUGACCGGUGCACAUCUGCAAAUCGACGUCGCUGCAAUCCAGCAGAGAGAUCAAGAAGCCUUCGCCAAUGCUAAGAAAGAGAUGCUGGCAGCGUGCUCGUCCUGGACAUCGCAAAGUUGGCGAGAACUUGAUUAUGACAAGUUUUUGAAGGAUAUGACGAUUCGCAAUUUGAUGGAGGCUAGAAAGCACGCCGCUGAUACUGCUCAAGCCUGCGAGUGUAUCCACUGCCCCAGCUUUCCAAAGCACUUUGCCAUGGCUCACGAUCAGUGGGUCAUCAAAGAUAAGAUCGAGUCGAUCCGACAGCUCAUGUCAGACCAAAACCUUCAACUGCUUCCAGACUACGAGCAGCGGGUCAACGUGCUGAAAGAUCUCGGCUUUGUGGAUGAGCAUUCGCGAGUCGAACUGAAAGGCAAGGUUGCUUGCGAGAUCCAUUCCGCAGACGAGCUGGUUCUUACUGAGUUGGUUCUGGAGAAUGUCUUGGCAGACUACGAACCAGAAGAGAUUGUCGCGCUCUUGUCGUCGUUCGUCUUCCAGGAAAAAACCGAUUCAACGCCGAACAUGACACCUGCGCUCGAGCGAGGCCAAGAGACAAUCAUCAAAAUCUCCGAGAAGGUCAACCACUACCAGACACUGCACCAGGUCAUUCUUUCCUCCGACGACUCGAACGACUUUGUCAGCAAGCCUCGCUUCGGUUUGGUCGAAGUAGUUUACGAAUGGGCACGAGGAAUGCCAUUCAGCCGCAUUACGGACUUGACCGACGUCCUAGAGGGCACGAUUGUAAGAGUCAUCACACGUUUGGAUGAGACGUGCAGAGAAGUCAAGAAUGCUGCGAGGAUCAUCGGUGACCCUACGCUCUUCACCAAGAUGCAGACUUGCCAGGAGCUCAUCAAGCGUGAUAUUUGCGCGACUGCGUCUUUGUACAUGUAG